ACAAUUGAAAAGCUUUGCACGCGGUAGGCGGACCUUGAGUACUUUUUCACAUCCCACUUUUUGAAGCAAGAUUUACUGGGGAAAAACACAUGACAGGGACGCACUUGGAAGGUUCACGUAGCGGGACACAGCGACGUAAAACGCAGCGCACGCGAGGCAAAAGCGGUGUGGAGAAAUUUGCACUUCUCUGGUGACUUUCCAGAGCGGAUAAAGAGCACAUUAUAAAGGACACCAGACCAGAGCACAAGUAAAAUCUCCCUUGUCGGUUUCCUGACGCUGCAGACAUGAGUGAAGACAAACCCGCAGAGACCCAGGACCCAGGGGCUUUGGAGAUGAACGCCAUCCCCAACGGCAAAGGCCACGACGGGGCCGACGAGAUCUCAGGGUCAGCCAAAGACGAUGGAGAAAAUUCACACAAGGCUGAAAAUUCUGCAUCCAACCUUCCAGAAAGUCAGGAAUUUUUGGCUGUCGACGACAAGAAAACGCCGCGAUUCACAGACUUCGAAGGAAAGACCUCAUUUGGGAUGUCAGUCUUCAACUUGGGGAAUGCCAUUAUGGGGAGUGGGAUUCUGGGACUUGCCUAUGCCAUGGCCAACGCUGGAGUUGUCAUGUUUUUGAUACUUCUCACAGUGGUGGCGGUGCUGUCUUCAUACUCCAUUCAUCUGCUGCUAAAGUGUUCUGGGAUCGUAGGUAUCCGAGCCUACGAGCAGCUGGGCUUCAGAGCGUUUGGGACUCCAGGCAAGAUGGCGGCAGGUAUCGCCAUCACUCUGCAAAACAUCGGAGCCAUGUCCAGUUACCUGUACAUAGUGAAGUAUGAGUUUCCUCUGGUGAUCCAGGCCUUCCUGAAGGUGGACAAGCCCGCAGGGGAGUGGUACCUGAAUGGAAACUACCUGGUGGUGAUCGUGUCCAUAGCAGUGAUUUUACCUCUGGCUCUGAUGAAGCAGCUCGGUUACCUUGGAUACACCAGUGGCUUCUCCCUGAGCUGCAUGGUCUUCUUCCUCAUCGCGGUCAUUUACAAGAAGUUCAACCUCCCGUGCCCAUUCACAGAGUUUGCUUUUAACGGCACAGCUCACAGCCCCAUUCUGAACACCACAGAUCCGGGAGGGGAGGAAGACGACACCUGUGUUCCCAAAAUGGCCAACCUCAACUCUCAAACGGCCUACACCAUCCCCAUCCUGGCCUUUGCCUUCGUGUGUCACCCCGAGGUGCUGCCCAUCUACACAGAGCUGCGCAAUCCCACAAAGAAGAAGAUGCAGCAUGUAGCUAACAUCUCCAUAGCUGUCAUGUAUGUUAUGUAUUUCCUGGCUGCUCUGUUUGGAUACCUCACUUUCUAUGGUGAGGUGGAGGCGGAGCUGCUGCACACAUACAGCCGCAUUGACCCGUACGACACUCUGAUCCUGUGUGUGAGAGUGGCCGUGCUCACAGCUGUUACCCUCACUGUGCCCAUUGUGCUGUUUCCGGUUCGGAGAGCGAUCCAGCAGAUGAUGUUUCCCAAUAAGACGUUUAACUGGCCUCGACACAUCGCCAUAGCCUUAAUCCUGCUCACCUUUAUAAAUCUGCUGGUCAUUUUUGCACCCAACAUCCUAGGCAUCUUUGGAGUCAUAGGUGCCACCUCCGCCCCGUGCCUCAUAUUUAUUUUCCCUGCUGUUUUCUAUAUUCGCAUUGUACCCAAAGAAGAGGAGCCUCUCCGUUCACCUCCCAAAAUACUGGCUGCGUGUUUCGCGGGGCUGGGCUUCUUGUUCAUGAUCAUGAGUCUGAGCUUUAUCAUCAUCGACUGGACUUCAGGGUCGAGCAAAGCCAGCAGCGCCCACUAGACCAGUCUCUCCUUCAGGGUUUUUUUUACUAUUGAAUUUAUGUAGAAACAAAAACGUGUGGAUUUAAUAUUUGUGUCUUUGGUUGUGUCUGCUCUUGGAAAAAGCCCCAUCCUGCCAAAACUGCACAGGCCAGGUUCAAAGUUAUUCAGAGGAGUGGAGGCUGUGCCUUUCAGACAGAGUCCCAUAAUGACUGGUAUAUGUUUGUGUGCGUGUGUGUUUUACAGUAAGCUUUUAUCGCCAACUACUCGGAUCGGGAUCGGUUUGAGUUGGUCAGAACGCUUCAAAUAACUUCUUGAUUUAUGAUUUUCAGAUAUAUAUUUUCUUUACCUCCGCCAAGAAUGUUGUGUCAAGGUUUGUUAGUUACUUUGCCUGAAAGAGGAAGUGUAAGACAAAAGGUUGUGUUUUGAUGAGUGUUAGAAAAGCACAUAAAAGCUCACAAUGCAACUUUUCUGGUGGUCUCCAAGGAGAUUAUUGCUUAUCUUGAGAUGUUCUACAGUAUGGCAUAUACAUCUUGGAUUAAUUCAGUUACAGAUGUCUUUAUUACAACAAAAAAUGACUUGGAAAAACAUGCAGGUUUUUACGAUGUCACCUGCUUGUCUCUAUGGAGAUAAGUUAAAUGCCAUAUUGUGGAACCUUCUAGCAGUCACAGUCCCUUCACAAGAAGAGUUACAUGGUGCACGUUUAAUAGUACAUGGAAUAAAUAGGGUGAAUUUUGGUUAGAAUAGGAAACUUUUACUUCAGAAUCAUCUUUAUCAUCGCAAAAUAACUGAUGAGUUUUAUGAGUUUGAAAAAUACAAGCAAGACAUGAGCAAGAAAAUGUGUCAACUGUAAUGAUAUGAAAGUUAUACGUUUUAUAUGGGACAAACUAUUGAUUAGACCUGGUUUAGUCCUUGGUUAGACCUGGUGUAUUUCAGCUCUUCUGGGAUAUACCUGGUCUAGUCGUCAGUAUGUAUUAAAAUGGCCCUGAGGUGAGAGCAGUGACUAAACCAGGUGAUGAGUGUGGGAGAGUGAAGGAGGACUUACUCAAAUCAAGCAGCUGGUUGUAAUAUAAAUCAGUACAUGAAACAUUCCUAUAGAUUGUAAAUUGACUUGCCGAUAUUGCUCCACCAAUAUGGAAGUAUAGUUGGAAUGAUGGAUGGAAUUGCAAUGCCUUGGUGGAGGUCCUUAUAGUUAACAUUGCAGUUUUAAAUUAUUCAUAUAAACCAUAUCAAGUCUAACGCACAGAUAGGAAGAAACUGCUAUUUUACUAACAUGUCUAUUUUGAGUAUGGGAGGUGUUAGCCGUCUCAUCUCCUAGAAACACUGAUGCGCUGCAGGUGGCAAAAAUAUUAUUUUUACCAUAACAUUCCUACCUUCAAAUGAAAUUAUAAUCUAGAUGUCUAUUUUGAAUCAUCUCUACAUGAAGCUAACCUCAGAAGAUGCAUUAUGGACUGGAGUAUAAAGAUUUAUAUUGGUGUCGAGCCACAGGUGUUGUCACUGGUUGUGUUGAUGUACGUGUAAGUGUGUAUGUUGUGUGGUAAAUGGUACGCAAAAAACCUCAUCUCAUUUUGAAAGGCUAAAAGCAGCGGUUUUCAGCUGGUGUCAUGUACGGAUCAAACGUUUUACACAAGUUGUGACUAUGUAACUAACUUCAGCCACAAGAGGUCAGUAGAGGACUAAGAUAAUUAUUGAUACAGUAAUAAUAAAGGCCCAAACUCAACUUCCCUCUUUUAGGUUUUGACAGUGGGAAAAGUUAGAUUGUGAUGAUUUACGGUUCAUGAUAAUACGAUAUUAUCAAGAUUAAGAAAGUUGGUGUAGCAGCUGCAUGUAAGCUCUGUACUCAUGGGUUUAAGAGACAUGUUUAAGAGACAUUUUGAGGACUUAUGACCAAUUGAAAAGAUAGAAUAUUUUGUUUUGAAUUGGUAAGUGCUAUGGCAACGGUGCAUUCACUUACCCCAAGGCAUAGGAAUCGUCAGAAAAUGCAAUAUUCUGACCAGCGGUGGGACAUAACCAAGUAAAAAUAGUAAAGUACUGUACUUAACUAUACAUUUUAGGUAUCUGUACUUUACUUAAGUACAUUUAUAGUGAAUACUUUUUAGUUUUACUUCACUACAUUUGAAAGUACUUUAUGCUCCUCUACAGUUUUGAACUGGACUGAAAAGUAAAAGUAUUUUUGAUUAUUGUUUGAGACCUGCAGAAAAGGCUGAGAGUUUAUUUUUAACAUAAUUUGAGCAAACUAAAAUAUAAAAAUAAAAAUAGGCACAAACAAAACAAAUCGAUUCAAUUGUUUCAGCACAAAUCUGUAUCAAAAUCACUACAUUUGAAGCUUUAUUAGAUCUUAAUAUGUGAGCACUUUUUACUCUUUAAGUACAUUUUGAAACGGGUACUUUAAUACUUUUACUUAAGUCAUUUUUUCAUAUGAUACUUUAACUUUUACUUGAGUAUUUCUUUGCUCUGGUAUCUGUACUUGUACUUAAGUAACAGAAUUGAGUCCUUGUUCCCUUAGUGAUCCUGACCCCUUGUGGUUGGGGUUAGUAUGCAUUAUGCUUUAUCUUACACUAAAGUGGUUGUGAUUCUCAGUCUACGAUCUGAUAAAAACAUUCCUCGUGUCUGGUCCUUCACACACCAGCUGAGAAUCCCGGCUGUUACGUAAUCAAAAAAUCAAAAGCACAGGUUUAACUACACUGCCAUUAGCUUUAGAGACACAUUUAUCUGUCUCUUAUUGUUUAUAUUUGGACCAUCAUAUAAAGACGCAUUACGUAACUUUUCUGGAGGGAGGUUUGCCACUAUUCAGUUGCCAUUGCUUUGCCUGGAAUGUCCCUAAGCACGGCAUUAAACUGACCUGUCUGGCUUUUAUUCAAUUGCGGCAUACGUAAAUAAGAAGGUAUGCGUUGUUAGCGUGAGCGGGAUCACCUCUCCACAGACCUGACUUGUAACUUGGCCCGAUGGCUCGCCUGCUUGUCUCUAUGGAAAUACAAACAGAUAAUGUCAUACAGUGGAAAGCAAUAACAUCUCCAAGGAGUUGAAUAAGCGGUAGUCCCUCCUCUAGAAAAGUUACGUAGUGCGUCUUUAAGUACACAGGGUUGAAUAACAGUAUUGAUGGAUGUAUAUAAAACUGAGCACAAAGCUGAAUUGAAGUAGGCCUAUGAAAAGUAACAAUACAAAGGUAACAUGGCUGCUUAAGUAAUAUUAGCAAUAGCACUAUUAUUUACAAGCACAACUUACAAGUCUGCUGUAGCCGUUACCCUGACGACAAGCAAAAAUAUUGUACUUUAUUUUACAAUAUUUGAUCGUAAAAUAGCACAGAAAAUAGGUUAAACUUAGCAACAAUGUAUUAUGAUGGAUGUCUUCUUCUGGAAACUUGAAAUAACAUGACUUUUUAGCUGUGUGUAUGUGUGUGCCAGUGCCCCCUAGUGCCCUUCAUAAGUACUGUAGUUAGGUGUAGUGUUUUUAAACGAGAAAAACUUUCUUCGGUGUAUGUGAACGAGUGUACAAAUUAUAUGCAUUUGUAUUGUACUAUAUGGACCUGUACUGAUCAGAAAUAUAUAACACAUUGUCAAUAGAUUAUAUAUUCUUUUAAAAUCAACGUAAACGCAAGAUAUGAAAGAUAUUUGUAAAUGAUUUCAUGUUUUGUCGCGGUUUCUGUCUCCACUUGUCUUAUAGCUGUAGUGUUAGAUAUUUAAUGAGCUGAUGUCUUUGCCCAUAUUUUAUGAUUUUACAGUUUAUCACAAUUGCCAAUGUAACAAAGAUAAUCACUUGAGAAUGAAGACGCUACUUCUUUUUUUUUUUUUUUUUUUGCUUUGGUGAAUAUUUAAUGCCAGUUGUUGGGUAGAGGCUGCAAGACAAAAUGGCUGCUAAUAAGUGAUAUAGCAAUAAUAACAGUAGCUUUAUUACUCCAUAAUUUGAAAGUGAUGGUUUUAAGAUGGUGAAUUGUGGGCUGAAAAAAAUGAAAUCUGUAAAACUGGACAAAAAGUUGUUGGGGUGAAGACGUUUCGCUGCUCAUCUAAGCCUCUUUUUUCAGUUCUGGGACCAUAAUGAAAUGAAAUAGUCGUCUUUGUAGCGAGGAUUUGGAAGUUAGACAUUAUAUGGGCCGAUCAUUGCAUUUUGCUUCACUUAUCUGAAAAAUGCAUUCACAAUUCUGCUGCUAAUUACAGGAAAAAAGCAAUAAUUAAAAUUCGAAAACACAGAUCGUAGUCGUGGUAUCAGUGAACAUAUGUGAGGAGAAUGUAUUGUGCUGCUAACCCACUGUACUAAAUUAUACUGUAUGUUUAACACUGAAAGUAAGUGGGCUGUUCUGUUUAAUUAUUCCUAUCUGAUCACAGUUUUGUCAUAUUUGUGCAUAUUGUAAACUGUGUGAGCUUGUAAUGCAUUUAACUUGGUCAGUCAUCCUAACUUCCAACAGGAACUAGCUCUGCAAAUCCGAGUUUUACUGUCAAAUUAGUGUAAAGAUGAAACGUUUGAAUUUUGUGAAUAUAUAGGCCUAUCUGUUUGGUUUGAAUAACACAUGUUUGAGUGUUAAAAGCCACUUCACUUGUCAAAUUUAAAAGUGGGUAACUGGCCAGGCUACGUUGUUCAACUCCUGUAAUUCUAUAGUAAAGUGAUAUCUUAAACUUUUAUGAAUGAAUGUCCCAAUACAAUAUUUAAUAACGCUAAUAACAACACUUUUAGCCGAAAAUAGCAAUUGUGACAAACUGUAUUGUAAUUGCUAUCUCCCUCCCAGUAGAGUGUUGUUUUUGUUAAAAUUUUAACCUCUUGCAUUUCAUUGUGUGUCCAUAUAUUUCAAUGUUAUGCAGAAAAAUGUCUAAAAUGUACCAUAACCAUCCAGUGUAUAUGAAUGCAAUGUUUCCCCAUGUGGAUGUGUACGUUUGUGUGUGUUAUAUAAGAAGUACAGCUGCAUAAAACCUCUUUCACCAUAAAUUACAUGAUAAGGCACAACUCAAGUGGCUAAUACGACUAUGGAGCUAGGCCUCUGCAUUGUACUGACCCUAUCUGUGUAACAGUAUUGAGAUCAGCCAGCACUUAUAAAUAUUGUACAGAUACCCUUUAUAUGGAUAUGCAUAUCUAGUUUAUAUAUUGUAAAUAGUAAUCAGAGUGUAGUCCAGGGUCAAGUAUCAAUGUAAUCAUUUUCAAAGUGCUUUUAAACCUUUUUGUCCCUCUUCGAUUCAUGUCUAUUUUCUGGUAUCUAUACUGUAUAUUUUAAUAUGUUGCUGGCAGUCAUUGUAAUGUAAACAAUGUUGCAAUAAAGAUAAUGAGAUAACAUU